CCGGUGCCGCUCUAGCCACUUCCGCUGAAUCUCGGUUGUUCCGGUGCCGCUCUGGCUCGCAUCGCCCGUCUCGGUGGUUUCCGGGGCCUCUCUGGCUCGCCCCGCCCGUCUCGGUGGUUGCUCGGCGGUGAUGGCGGCUCUGGCGGCCCUUGGGGCUCCCUCGGUCCCCGAAAUCUUCGCCACCAUGGAGGAGGGGCCGAUCCCAUGCGCGCCCAACCCGGGCGAGGCGUGGCUGGAGUCGCACGGGCGCAGCCUCGGACACUUCGUGAACGGGACCUGGCUGAGACCCGAGGGGAGGGAGAGACUCGAGUGCCGCGAGGCCGCCACGGGCCGCGUGGUGGCCGCGGUGCCCUCCGGGGACAGCUCGGACGUGGCCGUGGCCGUGGCAGCGGCAGCAGCGGCAGCCGAGGCCUGGGCAGGGCUGGGGGGGCCCCAGCGGGGGCAGCACCUGGCCAGGCUGGCCGCCACGCUCGAGGGUGACCGUGGGGUGGCCCUGGGGGCGCUGCUGGCCCUGGCCGGGGGGCGCCCCCUGUGCCGGACGCUCGGGGCUGAGCUGGAGCUGGGGUUGCGGCCGCUGCGGGGGCUGGAGCCCCCCGAGGGCGGGUGGCGCCCCCUGGGGGUGGUGGCCCUGGUCCUGGCCGGUCCCUGCUCGCUGCCGGAGCUGCUCUGGAAACUGGGGCCGCUCCUGGCCAUGGGGAACACGGCCGUGCUCGUGGCCCCCCCGGCGGCGGCGCCGCCACUGCUGCUGCUGGCGGAGCUGGGCGGGGAGGGGGCGGCGCUGCCCCCGGGGGUCCUCAACGUCCUGGCGGGACCCCCGGCCCUGCCCCGGGCCCUGCGCGACCACCCCGGGAUCGGCGCCGUCACCUGGAUGGGAACGGCUGCGCAGGCCGAUCUCCGGUGCCGCCUCUGGGGAUCCCCGCUGCGGGGGCCACGCCUGGGGGGGGGUCCCCGGGGGGGCCGGCUCGUUGUCAUCGUGCUGGACUCGGCCGACCUGGACAGCGCCAGCGCUGCCGCUGUGGCCACGCUGCCCGCCUCGGGGGGCUGCGUGCUGCUGGCCCAGGACUCGGUGGUCCCGGCGCUGGAGCGGCGGCUCCGGGCCCGGCUCGGGGGGCUGCGCCUGGGGGACCCCACGGACCCCCGGACCGAGGUGGGGCCGCUGCCCCCCGGGACGCCCCCGCCCGAGGAGCUGCUGAAGGAGGCGCGGGAGGAGGGGGCGCAGGUUUUCCAGGCUCCUCUGCCGGUGCUGGUGGGGGGGGGGCGGCGUUUCUACCCCCCCACGCUGAUUUCGGGGGUGGCCCCGACCUCGCGCUGCCUGCGGGAGCCGGUCCCGGGGCCGGUGCUGGUGUUGCUGCCCGUGCGCAGCCCCUCCGAGGCCGUGGCCGUGGCCUCGGCGCUGCCCCACGCCACUGCUGCCGCCCUCUGGGCCCAGGACAUCACUGUGGCCUUGGACACGGCCGACAGGCUGCCCCAGGGCCUGGUGUCCCUCAACUCCCUGGAGCUGCCCGAGCCCUUCGGGGACUCCGACCUGCAUGAGGCGCUGCGAGAGUUCGGGUGCCCCCCCUGGGAACAGCCCCCCAAGGCGGAGGAGCCGCUCAGCCCCCUGGUGACCCUGGAUGACCCCAGCGAUCCCGAGCUGGCCCAGGCCGUGGCCGCCGCCCGCGGGGCCGCCCUGGGGUGGGGGCGGCUGCCGGGGGCGUCGCGGGCCCGGGUGCUGCGGGGGGCGGCGACGGCGCUGCCGGGGGGUCCCGGGACCCCCGAGGACGGCGACGGCGGCGACACCGGCGGGAGCCUGCGGGGGGCGCUGCUGCGCUGGGCGGAGCGAGCGGAGCGCGCGGGCGGGGCCGUGCAGGAGCUGCCCGGGGGGCGGGCCCUGUUGACGAGGCGGCCGCUCGGAGUGCUGGGCGUGGCCUGGGGUUGGCCCCGCCCCCUGGCGCUGGAGUUCCUCCUCCCGGCGCUGGCGUUCGGGAACGCGGUCGUGGUGGUGGCGCCCCCUGGCGGCGCCGGUGCCGCACAGCGGCUGCGGAAGUCUCUGGUGGACGCGGGGCUGCCGAGGGCGGCCCUGUCGGUGCUUCCCGGCGCUUCCCGGGGCUGCGGACCUCGCCUGGCGCGGCAGCGCCCGGACGGGCUGUGGCUGUGCGGGGGGGACGCGGUGCCGCCAAUCCUGCUGCUCCUGGCCUUGCCCGCCCUCGGCAGCUGCUGCUCGUUCGGCUUUAACCCCAUCAGCAGCACCUUCAGCGCCCACCUGAACAACCUGAGCCCCUGGCUGCUCCUCGACUACCCCGUGGCGAUGCCCAGCAACCUGGAGCUGGACAGCACCUGCUCUGAUCUCUGGGGGCUUCACUUUGGGGCGCUGGCUGUGCAGCGGAUGCUGGGGGUGGCGGGCAGGGACUUGGCCCCCCUGCUCAGGACCCUCCUCGCCCAGCUGCACUUCGUGGCCGAGUGUCACAUCCAGGACCCCCAGGGCUGUGUCCGGCUGGAGAGGGUGAACGUGUCGCAGCUGCUGGAGACCCUGGCGCAGCACCUGGGGGGGCUGCAAGGGAGACCCCCCCAUUUUCCCGGCUGCGCCCGCUUGCGCUGCCGCCCAGGCCCGGCGCCGAGCAGACCUGCUGAGCGGCAGGAGCAGCACGAGGGGACCCUGGGGGCCAGGCAGGGCCCCCCCAGCCCCGCUGGACACGGGCUGCUGCUGCUGGGGGGACUUGGAGGGGCCCUGGGCCUGCUGGCGGUGCUCUGGGCACUGUGGAGGAGACCCUGUGCCCAGGUGGGGACACUGGGGGGCACUGGGGGCACUGCAGAGGGUGGCGAGGGCACGGGGGGCGCUGUGUGUGUUGGGGACACUGGGGACACUGGGGGCUGUCCUGGGGUCACUGGGAGCACUGGGAGGCACUGGGAGCUCAUUCCCCUCAGCGCCCCCCAGCCCUCACAGGGACCCCCGACACUGGAGCAGGAUGGGACCUGAGUGGCCGAGCGGUACCUGGGGACAGACACGGUACUGGGAGGGCUCCUGCAUAUUGGGAUCACUGGGAAUACUGGGAAUGCCCUGAGGACCGUCAGGCCCUCACCCUGUGCCACUGGUGAGAGUCGGGGACCCCCCAGCUCCCUGCUGGAAGCCCCUGGGGGCCACACCAGCAUCUGCAGAGCCACGGAGGGACCCAGGGAGGGGCCCGGCCUGGCCCCGUGCAGUGCCCAUAAAGCUGAUGCUGACACCCCG